AUGACCGAGUACGACUUCUCCCCCGAAGCGCAUAUGCGGCAUAUGCAGACGCAGGCCCGCGUCACUCACUGGGUGUCCGACCAGCGAUACCGUGCGCCGGCCUACACCAAUCCGUUCGGGGAGAAGGACAACAAAGGCCCUGCUGCGCCGAAGGAUCAGCGGGCGCGGGAUCGGGAUUGGGAUAGGCAGCAGCAGCGGCCGAGUCAUCCACGUGCACGGUCUGUGCCCCCUCCCCAGCCCCAGGUCUUCCAACCGCAGGUGUCUACAUCCCGCCUGCCAGACAGGAAGGGCUCCCGCACGCGUGCUCUGGACGUCGGUGACGAAGCUCGGCGCCCUACCCAUGCUCGCGGUCGCUCUGCCCCCCUGCUCGAACCUAGGGCGUCUGCAUCUCGCCCGUCGCAUGGCCCACCGCCCGUUCGCUCGCAGACCCAAGCUCCGCCUCGUCGGUCGCAGUCGCAGCACCAUUCGCAGUCGCACGCUCCCCACACUGUGGAGCGCGACGUACACCGCUCAAACUCGCAUUCAUAUUCGCACCGGGACCGGGACCGAGACCGAGAUGUCCACCGUUCGAACUCUCACCGAGUUCAUCGCUCGAAUUCGCAGUCACAAUCGUACAUUGUACAUAGCUCGAAUCCACAGCCACGCCCGUAUGAUCUGCAUCGGUCGAACUCGCGUUCGCAGCAGGUGCCGUACUAUCAGCAAGCUACGCCGAGCGUCGCGCUGCCGCUGAUUCCACCUGAGUAUCGGCCUCCUCCUGGUGCCAGGGUUGUUUUUAACUACUACGACCCUGGGACGCGCGAGAUAAUGCUGCCCGAGGACGGGAAUCUGCACUACAUCAUUCCGCCGGCAGGGGGAAAAGUAGUCAUGGACAAAUUCUCCGGGGGACAUCGCCCGAACGCUGAUUCCAAGAAGGGCACGCUGCUGAAGCGCCUCAUUGCGAACCUCGGUCCGUCGAACCACGGCACCAUGCGUAGGAGCAACUCCGGACGCUCGCAUACGCGUUCGUACUAG